CGGGGGAUCCAGAAGGACCAGAACCACUUUCCUCUCCAUAUACAACUUGAUUAGAAUAAUGGCCCCGCCAUUUUUGUUCUCGUCUAUUAACUCCACAACUCCUCACUUCAUGCUCAUGUGCGCUACCCCUCGUCUCCUCACAACUCACAAACAUGGUGACGCUGUUCCGCAGAGUCUGGGAAUCAGUUUCUACUCGUUCGGCGUCCGGUUCCAGACGUUACCCCAGCGAUGGAUUUCAACAGCAGAUGUUUAUACGAUCGUUGUCGGCGGGGGAGUUCGACAGGAUACCGACCGAUAUAUUCCUCCUAAUCGUGAAGCUCCUUGGCCCCAAGGAGGCGGCGAAGCUCGCCGCCGUCUGUAAGUUGUGGCGAUUCGUCCUUUCGGAUAACAGGCUUUGGAUUUACUUCCUUCAGAUUCAACACGAGCCUUGGGAUUCUAUAUUCUUCGCCGAAACUCACUUGCGAUCGGGCUAUUCUCUUUGGUCAUUUGCUAAUCCGGUUGCUGAACUUUCAUUCAUGCAUAUUUAUGGUCAGCGUGCCAAGGUCCCUGGAACCAUGAUUAUUGAUGGUGGUUCGGGCUAUUGCAAGUAUGGAUGGAGUAAAUAUACUCGUCCAUCAGGGAGAUCAGCCACAUUUUUAGAAUUUGGUAACAUUGAAACUCCAAUGUAUUCUAGGCUGAGGCAUUUCUUCUCGACCAUAUAUAGCAGCUGUAUUGUGUUAAUAUAAAGACCCGAGACAUGAUUGUUGUGACUCAGCUCCACAUAAAAACUUCUUGUUCGAAACACUUUGAUAGUAUUUAUGCAAAAAAGAACUGGAAUAUAUAGACCAUCAAUUGCUUCAUAAUGGUUAGGUUGAUAAUCUGUAUUUUUUGCCAUAUGUCUCCUUGGGCAUCUCUUUGGUGAGAUCAGUUUAUUAUUACUAUGUCUUCUCUUGGAUGAAUGAAUUUCAAACAUAGGAAGGCUCUAUGCGCUAGAAAGAAAUGUGAAAAAGAUAUAUUUACCAUUUCUUUUAUCAUCUUCUUGACCAUUUUAAGAACUAGAAACAAAUUGUUUUUUUGAAAAUAUCGAUACUUGUAAACAAUGUCAAUCGUUCUAUUAUGCGAACCUUUAUAUUUUGGCCUUUGUUAAUCCAAUCAACUCAAAAAUAGAAGAAGCACCUUCUUUGAGCGUAAAGAUCUCCUACUGUAGUUGUGUCCUAGUACCCUCUUUGUAUUUUGUUUUUGUGAUGACAUUUAUAUUUUCUAAUGAAAUAAAGCAUAUUGGUCACUCAUUCUACAUGGAAUCUUUUCAGGAUGCAGGUCAAAACAUCAACACAACCAAUUAUUGUGUCCAUCCCAAUAUGCCAUUAUGACGAUGUCGAAUCUGACAAAUCGUCUCGGAAGCAGCUAGAUGAAGCUAUCCUCUCAACAUUAUUUGACUUGAAUGUUCCUGCUGUUUGUGCCAUUAACCAGGCAGUUUUAGCUUUGUUUGCAGCAAGGCAGACGUCGGGAAUAGUUGUCAAUAUUGGUUUUCACCAGACGUCUGUUGUUCCAAUUCUAAAUGGUAAAAUUAUGCACAAUGUUGGUGUGGAAACUAUGGGAGUGGGAGCUUUAAAACUUACGAGUUUCCUCAAGGAUCAGAUGCAACAAAAGAACAUAUAUUUUGGUUCACUUUACACUGUACGCACAUUAAAGGAGAACCUCUGCUAUGUCGCUCCUGAUUAUGAGGCCGAGCUAUCCAAAGACACAACAGCCUCAUUUCAAAUUCCGUCAGAAGGUGUAUUUACACUUGAUAAAGAGCGAUUUCAAACAGGAGAAAUUUUGUUCCAGCCUCGGAUUGCAGGAAUGCGUGCCAUGGGUUUACAUCAUGCUGUUGCAUUGUGCAUGGAGCACUGUCAAGAAGCAGAACUUAUUGCCAAUGAAACCUGGUAUAGAACUGUAGUCCUGGCUGGUGGUACUGCAUGUUUGCAUGGGCUAGCAGAAAGACUAGAGCAGGAACUAUGUGGUCUUCUUCCCCCAUCCAAGUCAUUUGGUGUCAAAGUACUUCCUCCCCCUCAUGGUGUAGAUUCUGCAUGGUAUGGAGGAAAGCUCAUCAGCAAUUUGAGUACCUUUCCGUCUUCGUGGUGUGUGACAAAAAAGCAAUUCCGCCAGAGGUCCAGGCACAAACUCCUAUGGUGAAAAGUAAAUACCUAGUAAAUACCCUGUGAUCAGCGCUAUCAUAGUUUUUUAUACACAGUUCCUUGAGCAGUACAUUUUUCUCUCAAUUUGGUGUACAAGGUGUGAAUAAAACCAAAAAAAAAAUAUGCUUGUAAUUUAACACAUGCACAGAGCACUAGGAAUUUAUACUACAUGUAAUUCUUUUGUUUGGGGUACUUCCUACUAUUUGUAUUUAGGGUUUUCCCUGUUUUAGUGAUAUUGUUACUUUUUUUUGUUUAUCGUAUACGG